UUCGAGUGCAGAGACAGGCUGAAAAGCUCACAGAGUGUUGAGUUCUGGCCUAGUUUUACGAAAUUCUGCAAGGAGGUUAGUGAAGUGUGGAGUAGAAUGCAAACAAUUCAGAGGAUUCUGUCACUUUUUCAAGUUCUAGUCUGUGUGGAACUAAAGAGCCAAAUUGGAAAUGUUUUUACUGGAACAGAAGGAGGCUGUGUGGAAAUCUCCUGUAAUUAUCCAGAUGGAUAUCAUUACAUGUCCCACUACUUUUGCCGUCAUCCGUGUAGUCAUUCUGAUGUCUUAAUUAAAGCUGAGGCAGCUGAUAAAGUCACCUCUGAAGGCAGAUACUCUAUACUGAACACUGUGUCUACACGGAGCCUUUCUGUCACUAUCAGAAACCUCAGAUUAGGAGACUCUGGGGUUUAUUACUGUGGAGUGGAUAAAUGGGGAAAAGACAUACUCAGUGAAGUAGAGGUCACUGUCAGGAAAGAGCUUCCUGUUUAUGGAGGGGUGUUUGGUCUGUUGCUGUGCUGUGUUCUUGCAGCUCUUGUGGUUUUGUACAGAAGACCAUCCAACACACACAUCACAUCUUUGAAAGCACCUGCCCAGGAAAAUGAAACUUCAGAUUCACCACUUGCUCAGGAGGAGGUUUGCCAUGUUUAUUAUGAGAUGUUGGCUGUGUACAGUUUAGCUGGCCCAGCUAAUGAGGAGAACUCAUCAGGAACCUACAGCAUCAUUCACUAUACAUGCUCAACAGAGGAGGAAUGCUCUACAUAUUCUCUCAUAGCUCCUCACUGAAGUGACAAAGAGCCUGUCUCAUUCAACACAUUAACUGAUUAACAAGCCACUCAUGCUGGGUAAAGUUAGAAGAGGAAAAACAUUAAAAAUAUGGGGUCUCCAGGACUUAGAUAUUAGGCAUAAAGCUAAAUAGAGAGUAGAUUUUUAUACUCAUAGCUGAUAUUUGCCCAGCCUUCAAAACACUUUAAUUCUUAGAAACUGGCCUCUAUGGCAACAUGUACACAAAUCUUUAGUUUCUGAAGCUGCUGUUAAAAUUUUGGCUUGUGUCCCUCUACCUAGCACUUCAGUAUGCAAGUAAGACCCUGGCCUCUUAUUAAGCUCCCUGAGGACUGGGUUAGAAACUAAUAUAUAUGUGAUGGACAAAACAAUCAAAAACGUAAAGUGCUUGCACUUGAAAAAAUCUGAUUGAACAAAACAUUUAUGGUUAUAUCAUUUAUAUGUAUAGUUCACUGGAGGCCUUUGCAGUUCACUGGGGCAUUUGCAAAUUCUCUUUUAUAUACCAGCUACGUUUAAUAAGGCAGCACCUUUCAUUGUUGUCCUCUCCAGAUUUUUCAGUUGCACUACGGACCACCACCACAGAGACAUUCAUACCUGUAUUAGAAUGUAAUGUGUUGAGAGGGGCUCGACAGCAUGACCUUCCACACUGCCACAGUGCGUUCACCAUGACUGAAAGCGCACAGUGUUUUCAAUACAGGAGAGAUGGAACAGAAACAAAGUUGUCUGUUAGAGAAAAGGAAGCCGCAUUGUGCAUUAUUUGGUUCAAUCUCAGUGUGUUACUCUGUCUGAUGUGGGUUUGUUUAGGCAGAAGGCAAGGUAAGAAAAAGGGGCUCCAGUGCACAUGAUGCACUCCUGCUUUCACACAUAGCAGCUACAGAUGUUUUUCAUGUUUACAGUAUAUGAUGUGAACUUUGAAAACAGGGUACAGAUAAAGAAAGACACUAAAAUAAAUGUAUUAUACAGAGAACAGUGAUUUGCUAAAACUUGCUUAGUUGGUAUUGUAUUGUAAUUUGUUAUGUAUUAAUAUUUUAUUAAAGUAGUUGUUUAUAUCUUUAUCAAGCUUCGGUGUUUACUGAAAAAAACUUUAUUAUUUUAAAUAGAGAAACUCCUGAAAAUAAAGAAAUGUUAAAAAAUAAACAUUUCCACAUUUAUUUUGUAUAUAUCUAAAGAAUAAAACAGAACUACUCUUCUCAUUGGGCCACACUGGCAGCUGAAUGAUAGGGUGGCCUAGCUUUCUUUUGAUUCCAUAUCAUAUUUCUGUGAUUUUUUUUUAUAAAGAAUAUUUUGGACAGGUACUUAUACAUAUAAUGAGAGAUUUGUGGGCUUCUUGCUAAAAAAGACUGCAAUUUGCAUUUUUGUGCCACCAAGUCCCACCUCUGCGUUUUAUGAAUGUAGUAAAUUUGUUUCAAACAAAGAUGGCAGCAGAGCACUUUGUAAGA